UCCCUCUCUCUCUCUCUCUCAACAAAUCCUCCAUUCAAGGCCUCCUUGUCCUGGCAUUACAUCCACCGGGAAAGAUGCAUUUCUGUGGAGCUUGAAAAUAGGAGGAGGAUUUGAAGCUCUUCAAUGGAACAUUUUGCCUCUCCUUAGGAGGAUGAUCGACUGCAUCGGCGACGAAUAAAAGAUGGGUCGUGUUAAGCUAGAGAUAAGGAGGAUAGAGAACAUCACGAACCGCCAAGUGACGUUCUCGAAGCGCAGGAAUGGGCUCAUCAAGAAGGCGUACGAGCUCUCCGUCCUCUGCGACAUCGACAUCGCUCUCAUCAUGUUCUCUCCCUCCGACCGCGUGAGCCACUUUUCGGGAAAAAGAAGGAUCGAGGAUGUGCUCACCCGUUUCAUUAACCUCUCCGACCAAGAACGAGACACGUAUGCAAUUAAAACUUUACAAAAAUGUCGACCACUUCUUUUUUUAUGCGCUAUCCAAAACAAAGAGUACUUGCUCAGGACCCUCCAGCAACUUAAGAAUGAGAAUGACCUCGCUCUCCAAAUUGCAAAUCCGGGGGCAGUCGACUCCGAUGCCGAGGAGCUCCAUCAGCAAAUUGGCAUAUUGAGGCAGCAACUUCUGGAGGCAGACGAGCAGAUACGAAUAUAUGAGCCGACUCUGCUUCCAAAAAAUACAUCUUUGAAGGAUCUGGAGUCAAUUGAGAAUACUCUUGUGGACACCCUUCAACGCGUGGUGCAGAGAAAGGAGCAGUUGAUGGUAAACCAUCUAUCUCCUUACGAUCCAUCCGGUAUGCAGCAAGGGAUGUCGAGCUCCUUCGACAAUGAUGUCGGGUGGUUGUCGGAAAACGAUCCAAACAAUGCGCAGUUCUUCGACUCAUCCGCUUCUCUCAUGCAAGUCAGGGAUCUCUCAUCUUCACUAUAUCAAACGUUAGUACAAGCGACGGGCUCAAGCUGCAUUGACCCAAGAAGCAUGGCAGAGUCACAUGUAUCAAACCCUAGUGAAGGAAAUAUCUCAGCUUGGCCUCAGGAGUACACUUCAACUGCCCACAAUCCAAAUAUGAUUCCUCAGUCCUUUUACACUCAGCAUGGCAUGGGGGUCCCGGAAUUGCCAGAAGUGAUGCAAUGUGAGCAGGUGGAGAUGCCAAUGAGCAGCUCCCACCUAACAGCAGAUAAUGAAGCUCCGCAAUAUGACAGAAAAGGCCCUCAGAUCAAUGGGCAAUGAGUAAUUAAUUAUUAUUAUUAUUUUUAUUUUGAUUACCCUUUGUUGGGUUAAAUUGUAUUUAGAAAAGUGCUUACAUGUGUGGAGAAACUCACUCCAGCAAUUACUUGUAAUUAGU